AGUCACAUAUCACUUGAGCGACCUCGCGCUAUAUCACGCUUAUUAAUUUUCUUCAAUCGCGUUAAUUUAUUAAAAUAAAUUUUGAUGAAUGAACAGCAUUCGAAAAAAACUUAUAUUUCUUUAAUAUUCCAUAAUUUAAUAUUUUGGAUUUAUCUUUUAGAUCUAUAUUACCACUUCUUUAGUUUAAAAUUACUCUCUAUUAGAACAUAUGCCGGUGAAUGCAAAUAUUUAACUAUAUGGUGCCUGUGUGUGCAAACCUUAUAUUUUGGAAUUGCUACACUGUAUGAUCUUAUUUUCAAAAUAAAUGAAGAAAAAUCUAAGAAUUUAAAGAAAAUUAGAGAUUACAUAUGCACUACUUAUGCUUUUCCAAUGGGAACUGCUGUUUCCAUUUUAUUUUGGGCUUUAUAUGCUGUAGACAGGGAAUUAGUCUAUCCGAAAUUCCUUGAUGAAUAUAUUCCAUCUUGGCAUAAUAAUAUAUUACACACAGGGCCUAUCGUGUUUUUAUUAAUGGAUUCAUUUAUUUGUCACUAUGAUUUUAAACCAUUUAAAUCAAGGGUUAAACACUUAAUUGGAUUUAUUUGUAUAUAUUAUACAUGGUUAAUGUGGGUUAGAUUCUUUGGAAACGUUUGGAUAUACCCCAUAUUUCAUGUAUUAUCAACUUAUGAAAUAUUCUUAUUUCUUUCAGUCAUUGUGCUCUUGUUUAUAACUUUCUCCUUUUUGGGCCAAAAAGUCAACCAAAUCAUUUGGCGACCUAGCAAAAUUCCAAAGAAUAUGCUUUAAAUAUAUCGCAAGUCAUUAUUACUAGAAGCAAAAUUCCAAAAUGUAUUGAAUCUCAAAUUUAUAAUUUUUAAAACAAUGCUUUACCUAAUUAAUUUAUUAGCAAAAUGUUUAUUUAAAUGUAAUUUAACUAAUAAAAAACCGAUAAAAUUAAAACUUUUUAUUUUGGAUGAUAAAAAAAAA